AUGCCCAUGCGGGUGGAGGAGGGCGAUCCAUUCUUCCCCAGUCAUUAUCCAAAUGGAGAACCAAGAUGUCUCCCCUUUGCCCGGUCACUGCUCGGUCAGCUCAACCUUGGCGAUCGUCGGCAAAUGAAUCAGCUAACAGCUUACAUUGACGUCUCGGUGAUUUAUGGAUCGACGAAAGCGUUGAGGACAUUCCAUGGUGGAUUGCUCAAUUUCACCGAUUCCCUUCAACAUGGACCGGGAAAAUUUGAUGGAUUUGCAAGAGGAACAAGCAGCACGGCUGAGAGAAGGAGGAUUCAACAUGAAAUCGAAGAAAAGGCAAAGCAGAUCCCCGGGCCGUUGACGCUUCUUGGAGCCACGAUGACAAAUUUGCUCACAUUGAUCCCAUUCCCAUCGGAGAAUCUGGCUACAUCAUCGAUUGCUCGGAUUUGCAAACCGCAUGAAAUGGAGGUCCUGAAAAGCACGGAUCCAAUUUUGGUGAGUCAGAUCUGCGAAGCGUUGGCCGCAUUUAAUGAGAUCGUCGAGUCGCACGCGUUUAUCGUCGAAGAUCAAAUACUCGACGAUGCGAUGAACACCGAUAUCACCGGGCUUGUCGGUGCUGCUGAGGUGGUCACAGUUUGGCAAAAUACCAUCAACAUCGAAAUCGAUUCGACGCCGCAUAGAACCGCCUAUAAGCCCACGAGCUACAAGCCAUCUGAGCCGGUGCUUCAUCCAAAUCGGGAUCAAUCGACACUCCGCCGACAAAUGGUAUCGGUCGGGAAACAGCCAAAAGCCACGAUUCAGCGGAAGAAGGACAUGGUGGGAGAGCUCUACGAUUCGCUCACUGACUACUUUGAUCCCACACAAGGCCGACGAACGCGACGAAGGGCCAAUACUUUUGAAGAAGAACUCCAAGAAAAGCGAGACAUCGAACUUGUUCAACAAUUGGAGUCUGAAGGUGGUCAACCGGAAGAAGACGUCGAAGAGGCCGCCGGUCCCAGCCAGUUGGUAGACGAGUUUGACGGGAAAUUCUUUGACAAAAAGAAGAGCAAGAAACGAAAGCACGAAGAAAUUGAGAGACCACCCACUCCGACCAAAGUUAUCGAGCAACGUGAAAUUGAGUGGAAGGAACGACAGAAGCAACGCCGCGACAAACAGCGGAAAAGACAUUGUGGCGAAGACAGCGGCGAUGAGAAUUGGAGUCACGAUGUGAUGGCUGAACAAGCAUCGCAAGAAUGUUUCGAAUCAACGAUUGAUGAAAUUGUGAUGGAAGUCGACAUCGAUCUUUUGAAGCAAAGCAUGGGCAAUGACGAAGACGAAGAUGGUGGUGAAGGCGAUGGACAAUUUUUGGUCGAUACUUACAAGAUGGAGAUGAUUCGCGUUGAGGCUCAGAAAUUAAAGGAAUGGCGAAGACUGAACAAAAUCAACAUUGAUCGUCUUGUGAAGUUAAUCACCGUUUUGGAGCGAAACAUCCGCGAUGUGAUUCCGAGAGAAGGAGAAGCACCGCUCGUUACUUUUCUUGAAGAGGAAAUCAUGGAUGAAGAUGAUCCAACAACUCGAGAAUUCGUGGACGAUAGACUUUUGCGUGCUGCAUCAGCCGCGUGUACUGUAUUGCUUGUGAUGACUGGAGCAAAGAUGCCAAAACAAGUAUUUAUCGAAGACGCAAUUGAUCGUUCGAUUCAACUUUGCAAGCAAUACUUAAACCACAUUGUUUUCCCUUCUUCUGAUAUAGUCUAUCGCUCUCCAAACAAGCAGAAAAAGACUGAAGAAAAGUCUCGUGGACGGCGAAAGCUUGAUGGAAAUAAUCGAACACCGACUGCACAACGCAUCUAUCUUCAUAUGAAUGGUCUCAUUGGAUGCUUUGCUGAAUUGAUUCGCUUUCAAAGUCUAUCGGAUAUGGCCGUCCAUCAACUUUGCACGAUUGCUGCGUCAACGUUUUUUGUUAACAACAUUGGUGAAAUGCAAUGGCAGGCGAUGCGUCUUCUUUCUAACAUCUUCAAUCGGUAUAAUGAUCACAUGCGUCACAACAUUUUGCAAGAUAUUGUGAAUUCUCUCCAUCGCCUUCCGAGUGCGAAAACGUCGUCAAACAGUUUGCGCAUUUCAAAUGAAACGUGGUUGAAUAACAUGACGGUGCUGAUCAUGCAACUUGUUCAAGCAACUGUGCAGGUGAAUGGUGGUGAUCGACGAUUGUUACGAGGAAUUCGAUUGGUUGAGGACUCGGCAACGGCUAAUACUGCUCACAAAAAGACUUCAACGGAUAAAUGCGGUGUUCCACGUUACACGAAUGAUGGGCAAGCACUCCUCUCUGGGUUAUAUCAAGCAUUACGUGGUAAUCGUCAACAGAGGAGAAGCCUUUUGCAAUCAAUUUUACGUCUAUUCUCCGAAGACAGCAAAGAGAAACUUACGCUGCCUGAAUUGAUUUUUGUUAGUGAUAAUAUCGCGAUGUUCCCAUAUCAGGUUAUGGAUGAACCUUUAUAUGUGAUAAACGAAAUCGAUAAAAUUGUUCCAUUCUCUGGAGAAAGCAUCAUUGGACAUUUCAAAGCUUCUCUUUUACCAAAAUCGGGGUCACCUGGACAACCAGGCAAAGACGACGUUGAAUUCGAGCCGGAUGCCAUUUAUCGCCGCUUGCCCAACGAUAAAACCCAUCUCUUUGAAUUGAUGAACAAUUCGCAGGCUUGUUUCAUCCUGCUCUACCUCAAAACCUUCCUCAUGAAGCUGUAUGGUUUCACAGAAGCAAAAGUGCAAGAAUAUUCUCCAACAGACGGAGCCAAACUCUACGAGAAGGCAAUCGGUCGUAAGAAUGUGCACAUGUUCUGCCCACAGUCAGCCAUUGCCGAAUUGGAUCCAUCACGGGUGGCUGAUCGAGACACGAUGAAGGGACAUUUCAAUCUUUCGCAUCAAAUUUGCAAUCUCCAUAAAAUGUUGCUCUCGUUGGAUCGCAGUGAAUAUGAUGAUGAUGUGCCUCAAGAAGAACAGCAAGCUGAACAGGAUGUAAAUGUU